UUAGAAGUCACUGAGUCCUUCCUCAUCGAAACCACGGCACUUCAGGAAGGAGUUCCUAGCGCUCAUUCACUACACGUUGUAGACCUGUGAGUACGGUGAUUUGACUUUUGUUGCUGAAUUUAAGUGGAUUUAGCCCCUGCAGCUGUGAUCAGACUCGUCUGCCUCCGCUGCAUUAAAUAGUAACACACUUGCUCUACAGCCAUGCAGGGUCAGGAAGUCCUGAGACAGCUGCGGCUUCCGGAGCUGGACGACCUGCGCCAGUACAUACGUGGACUUCCCACCAACACGCUGUUGGGCAUGGGCGCCAUCGCCGCCUUCACUACCUACUGGCUCUCCACCCGGCCACGAGCCCUCGAGCCACCGUGCGACCUCACCAUGCAGUCCGUGGACAUGCUAGGCGAAGAAGGCGCAAGAAGGUCGGCGCUCAACAAGAGCGAUGAACACAUGACGUACUACCACAGCGAUGCAAAGACGAUUUACGAGGCGUUUCUACGAGGGCUCAGAGUGUCGAAUAACGGACCUUGUUUAGGCGCCAGAAAACCAAACCGGCCUUACGAGUGGCAGUCUUACAGAGAGGUUGCAGACCGGGCUGAAAACGUGGGCUCUGCCUUGCUUCACAAGGGUCACGCUCAGUCAGGAGACAAGUUCAUUGGGAUCUUCGCCCAGAACAGACCAGAGUGGACCAUUUCCGAGCUGGCUUGUUACACGUACUCCCUCGUAGCCGUUCCGUUGUACGACACACUCGGCGCAGAGGCCAUCAGCUACAUCAUCGAUAAAGUCUCCAUCAGCACGGUGAUCUGCGACGUGCCCGAAAAAGCCCGGAUGAUUCUCGACUGUUUCGCCGAGAAAGAGCGAACGGUGAAGACGAUCGUGGUCAUGGAGCCGUUCGAUGGCGAGCUGGUGGCCCGAGGACAAACGUGCGGAGUUGAGGUUCUGAGCCUGAAGGAGUUUGAGGACUUGGGUAAAGCAAACUACCGUGACCCCAUGCCACCGAAAGCGGAGGACCUUGCGCUUAUCUGCUUUACAUCUGGAACUACAGGAAACCCCAAGGGUGCAGUUCUCACCCACGGAAAUAUCAUCGCAAACACUGCAGCUUUUCUUAAAAUAACAGAGGGCAAAAUGCAGGCCACUUCCAAAGAUGUGCACAUCUCCUUCCUCCCUUUGGCCCAUAUGUUAGAGAGAGUAGUGCAGGUAUGCCACGCCCCUUCACUAACCACGCCAUGCGCAUGUGUUUUGUGUGUGUGUCCCUUACAGGUGCAUUGCAUGCUGGACUGCCGUGAUGUUCUCGUAUCGUAUCUGCCGCUAGCUCACAUGCUUGAAAGGGUUGUUCAGGGCGUCAUCCUCAUCCAAGGCGCUCGCAUCGGAUUCUUCCAAGGCGACAUUCGGCUCUUGAUGGACGACCUGAAAGAACUGCGCCCGACGUUCUUCCCUGUGGUGCCACGUCUGCUCAACCGCAUGUUUGAUAAAAUAUUUAGCCAAGCCAACACACCAUUAAAAAGAUGGAUGCUUGAUUUGGCUUUCCGGAGGAAGCAGUCGGAGCUGAACAGUGGCGUGGUCCGCAGGGACAGCAUAUGGGAUAGGCUCAUCUUCAGAAAAAUACAGGCGAGCCUGGGUGGUCAUGUGCGGCUCAUCCUCACAGGGGCCGCGCCCGUGUCCCCCCCCGUGCUUACUUUCCUACGGGUCGCGCUGGGGUGUCAGUUUUACGAAGGCUACGGCCAGACCGAAUGCACAGCGGGAUGCUCCAUGUCGAUGCCUGGCGACUGGACAGCUGGUCACGUCGGACCUCCUCUGCCCUGCAACGCCAUCAAACUGGUGGAUGUAGUAGACAUGAACUACCUGGCAGCCAACAACGAAGGAGAGGUUUGUGUCAAAGGACCAAAUGUCUUCCUGGGAUAUCUGGGAAACCCCGAGAAAACGGCGGAGGCCAUCGACAAAGACGGAUGGCUGCACACGGGGGACAUAGGGAAAUGGCUUCCGAACGGCACUUUGAAGAUCAUUGACAGGAAGAAGCACAUCUUCAAGCUGGCGCAAGGAGAAUACAUCGCCCCGGAGAAAAUUGAGAACAUUUACAACCGCAGCGACCCGGUGGCGCAGAUAUUUGUGCACGGUGACAGUUUACAGGCAUGCUUGGUGGGCAUCGUGGUGCCUGAUCCGGACUUUUUACCCAUUUGGAUCAAGAAACGAGGCAUUAAUGGCUCCUACUUGGACAUGUGCAAGAGCAAUGAUGUUAAGAAUGCCAUUUUGGAGGACAUCCAGAAGCUGGGCAAAGAAGCCGGACUCAAGUCUUUUGAACAGGUGAGAGACAUUGCGUUACAUCCGGAAAUGUUCUCUGUGCAGAAUGGCUUGCUGACACCAACGCUCAAGGCUAAGAGGGCAGAACUUCUGAGUCACUUUAGAGCGCAAAUAGAUGAACUUUAUGCCGGCGUUAAGGUCUAAGCGAGGGUAGUGAGAAAGUUACACUUGAAUGGGAACAUGUCUGCCAAAGCCAAUCUGGACUUUUUUUUGUGUGUGUAUGUGUGGUGUUUGAUGGCGGUGCUCAGUUUGAAAAGUGUACCAUCUUUAUUUUUUAACACUAAGCUUUCGAAAUCAUGUGAGUGGUUUUAUUUAUCCGAGUAUAAGGGUUAUAAAGCACAAUGGACAAAUACAGUACGACUUGUGUAAACUGCGGGAAGUUUUGUCAUGUUAGUGGAUAUUUAAUGAUGUCAUUACAGGCGAAUAAUAUUUGAAUUGUGCCUAAUAUUAUGACACAUAAUAAUAAUAUACAGUAUUUUUUGAAUAAAUUUGCAUUCCCGUUUCUCAGCCAUGUGGCCUGGUACCUUUUACGCAGGUGGGGUCUAGGUUGUUUUUGUGAACGCUUCAAAUGGAAGCACGUAAUAGCUGUGCUUUUAAUUCUGCCUUUGUCACAUCACUCGGCUUAACGGUGAAUCAUGAUGUUUGGAAUUGAGACCCUACCUGUUCAAACCACAUUGUGUUUGUAUAAUAAUGUAUAAAAUAUUUUUUUUUUGCUGUUUUGUGCUUAAGUUGUGAGUACAAUUGAGACUUAACAGUUCAAUAAAGUGCAUCGGUAACUUC